UUUAAGGAGGAUAGAGAAAUAAGAAAUGAGUCUCACGUUGCAUGGGUGACAUCACUGGCUUUUGGCUCAGUGCUCUGUAUGCUCGGUCUGUAGGCUUCGGCCAAGGCUGCAGGGCUCGGUGUUUGAACAAGGAAACAUUCCCAGGUGUACAGAAGAUUGGAUUUGCUAUUAUUUGGGUUAAAAACGGUGAAAUGAGAUUUCUAAAGCUUGGGGACUCCAGCUCGCCUUCUGUUGCACUUGAUCUCUACAAGAUGGGUGAGUUAUUCCCAUUAAAGAGAAAGGGAGUGAAAAUUUAAGGAGAAAAAAAAAAUAUGUCUGAAUAUAUAACUACCGAUGCCGGGGAUACGAUCCGUACGAAGCUGCUGAGCUAAAGAACCUCAGCUCCGGCGAGGAGAUCGGGCCAUAUGGCAGAGAAAUGGUGCAGCCCUAAAGCUGUUGACAACAGUUAGGGGCUGCUCUCCUCUCCCCGUGUGAGGUGUGUGGCUCCCCCCCACCUCCGCCCCUCCGCCCCGGUUUGUUUUGGUUCGGUUUCCCCCGACCUCCCUCCCUCCCUCCUUCCCCUCCCCGUUCCUCAGCAUCCUCUCCGCCAGCCGUAGCCCUGCCUGCCUUCAUCUUGCAGAUGGCUAGCGUGCCGCCGUGUUAGGAAAACUGUGCACAACACAUCCCAGCGCCGGGCACGGAGGAAGCCUUGCAGCUGCCGGCGGAAGGGGGGGCAGCAGCGUGUCUGUGUGUGUGUGUGUGUGUGGAGGGAGGAAGGAAGGAAGGAUGCCGGGGCCCAGGGCAGCCCCCCGCGCUGCCUAGCGGGCCGGCGGCGGCUCCUGCCCGGCCCGGAGCCGGGGCUGCCCGCGAAGGGAAGGCAGAGCCGCGAUCGGCUGCCCGGAUGACAGCGCCGCCGACUAAAGCGGGAGAGUGAAUGGCAGGGCUGGCAGAGAGAAGCCGAGGUGCCUCCGAAGCCAGGAUGCCAGCGGCUGUCGGCGAAGGCUGCUGAGGGAGAGAGCCGAGCGUGCCCGCGUCCCCCGAGGCAGCCGGGCAGGGGAUGCUUUAACCACGAUCUCAAACAGCAGCAGCGGCGGCGGCAGCGACAACAACAACAGAUUGCUCCCCCGCUCCCGCUCCCUCCCUUUCGACCCCGCUUUAAACCCAAGCAAGUGACCGACCGUCCAGACGAUGAUGCUCUUGCUGAGCCACUGACAAAGGAAAAGCGAGUCACCCAUUCCUGACACCGGGACAACUGGCUGCUUGCGAGUGGGAGAUGUCAGGCUGUUGAACUUUUCUGUCCUGUGAUGAUGCUGUAGUGAUCUGAAGCCAUCUCUUCUGGAUUUCUGAGUGGGCCAGAUUGAACGAGAUUAAUGGACUGAUCAGCCAUCGGGUCUCUUCAGGGGCAUCCAUCCCUUCAGCCCCUGCCACUGGGGUGCUCGUGGUGAAGGGCUGUGUUUCUCCUCACCAGGUCUCCUCUGCAGAGGAGAAGAGGCAGAUGAGACUCCAAGACUGCCUCCAGGGCAGAACUUUGUAGUGCUCUCAGCAUCCCUCUGCAGCGUGGAUGUGAGCCACGGGAGUUGGGGAUGUUUGAGGCGGUCUGUGCCAAGUGACACCCAGCAGCUGCUCCGCUGUUUUUUGUGUGCUCUCACCCCCAGUGGCUUUGCCUGUUGUGAAGAUGUCCAUGGUGUUUCUGUGAAGCUGAGGCAUGGCUGCUGGAAGGUUACUGCUCUAUGCUGGCCUCUCUUUAGCUCUGUGUGCCCUUGGCAUGCUGGCUGUGGCGAUCUGCUCUGACCAUUGGUAUGAAACUGAUGCCAGGAAGCACAGAGAGAGGUGCAAGAGCAUCACCACUAAGAGAAAUGAUCCUGGCUUCAUUUAUAACUCCAACAACAACCUGCCUCUCAGGGCCAGCAGGUCUAGGUUGGACCGCUGGGAAGGGAAACUCCUCUUGGCAAGGAACAGGAGGCAGAUCUUUGCUAUGAGCGCUGUCGACGAGUGCAACAGACAGUACAACUCCACCAACAUGGGGCUCUGGAGGAAAUGCCACCGACAGGGGUUCGACCAGGAGCUGGAGGAGCUGAUUGCCAAAGGAGCAAUUGAGCGGUGCUCGUACAUCAAGUACCACUACUCCUCAGCCACCAUCCCCAAGAACCUUACGUACAACAUCACCAAGACAAUCCGCCAGGAUGAGUGGCACGCCUUGCAUCUGCGCAGGAUGACCGCUGGUUUCAUGGGCAUGGCCGUGGCCAUCAUCCUCUUUGGGUGGAUUAUCGGCGUCCUGGGGUGCUGUUGGGACCGAGGCCUUAUGCAGUAUGUGGCAGGGCUUCUCUUCCUCAUGGGAGGAACCUUCUGCAUCAUUUCACUGUGCACGUGCGUGGCUGGAAUCAACUUUGAGCUGUCCCGCUACCCGCGCUACCUGUACGGACUGCCCGACGACAUCAGCCACGGCUACGGCUGGUCCAUGUUCUGUGCGUGGGGGGGCCUGGGCCUCACUCUCAUCUCUGGCUUCUUCUGCACUCUGGCCCCUUCUGUCCAGCCUGUCCCCAGGACCAACUGCCCCAAAUCUAGACCUGAGAACGGGACAGUGUGCUAAAACAAAUAGCAAACAAAUACACACACACACAAAGACAUAUAUAUAUAUAUAUAUGCCUAGGUAUGCCUAUACAUGCAUAUAUAUGUAUAUAUAAUUAUAUAUAUAUAAAAUCUCAAAUUAAUGCCAGUGCCAAGGUAGAGCUGAGUCCAACAUGGCACUCACAUCUCCACUGGACUCUGUGUUGCUUCAUUCUUUCUCACAGUGAUGGGAAAGCUUUUCUCUCACAUGGCUCUUCCAUCCAACUCUUAACUUCAGCAUCAUACCUUAGAGGUCAAAUUA